CGGAGCCCCUCUGCCCUGUGUCCCAUCACCUUUCCUCUGCUCUUCCCUCCUCCCCAGGCAAUGGACUCUCCCUACGCAAACGGAGCCUACAGCCCCCCGUACCCUCCAGCUCCCGGUGCUGCCCCGCACUACGCCGGCCUGCCGCAGACACAGGGGUACUACUGCUCCGGGCUCCCGCAGACGCCCUACCCUGCGGAGUCCACGGGCAUGUACCGGCCCCCGUCGCCCGCUCCCCCCUGGAGCUACGCCCCGCCGGACUGCCCCGCCGAAGGGUCCUCUCUCAGGAGGCAGCAGGUUCCGGGCUACUCCCCACCGCAGACCCCGGGAAUGCCCAUCCCACAGUAUCCAUAUGGAGACAACAACCCAGGGGUCACGCCGCAGGGGCCUCCGCCGCAGCCCAGACCCCUGGAAGACACGUGGGCUCCCCCCACCGUCUAUGGGGUGCAGCCGCGUUACGCGUGGCCCGCUGCUUCGGCACACGGGAACCCGUUCGUCUCCGAUUCGCACCCAUCCUGGACUGGCAGCGGAGCUCCUUCCCACCCUCCGGCGUGGGACUCAAAGGAUACUGCUUACGACAAACCCGAGCAAAGUGCAAACCUACACAACUACUACUCUGAUGUCAAUCACCAGCACUCUGGGACAAUGAAUGACCACAAGCCAGCCACUCCGCUCAACGCCAAGCCAUCCCCCUCAAACCCCAAGGUGCAGUACAGCGCACAGCCCCAAAUGUACGACAGUGCAUCUCGGAAGCCUUUGGCUGGGAACCGGGAGGCUGGCUUUAAACCUGGUGACCAGCCUUCAACAAAUUCUGCAGCCAUCCAGCCAGAGAUUCAGAGAAUCCUCCAGGUUAUGGGGGAGGCUGAACAGCUGGAGCAAGAGGUGGAUGAAUUUGUAGGAAAAAAGACAGAUAAAUCCUACCGGCUUCUGGAGGAGAUGUUGACCAAGCUGCUGUUGGAACUGGAUUCCAUCGAGACUGGUGGCCAGGACAGUGUUCGGCAGGCCAGGAAAGAGUCCGUCCACAGAAUUCAGGCCAUACUAGAAAAACUGGAAAGAAAGGGAUUGUGAAAGCACAUCAGUCACAACACACAGUCUGUUGUUGAGGUUCCAAAGAGUUUUAGUUCUGUUAAAUCUCAGCUCUUUCUGCUACGCACUAUUGACAAUGGAAUAGCAAUAAGCCCCGAGUUAAAAAAACAAACAAAACAAAACCACCAAAAAACCCCACCCCAACCCAGAAGCCCAGCCCCAACAAAUAACUUGGCAAUGGACAAAUUAAGAGGUCUAAGCAGCAAACUGAAUUGUUUGUUCGUUCCAGGCUUUGGAAAAGCAGAACCAUUCGAGGUACUUACGCUGUAGAGGUCUCUGUGGGGAUCUGCAUCCUCUUCAUCAGCAGGAAGAAAAUCACUGUACAAAAUUCCCCAAACCAGGCCCGAUCUAUAGGUGCCUCCUGCAGCCACAGCUGGAACACUUGUCAGAUGUGGUCACAACGGUACUGCAAUGUGCAGCCACAAACCAAGACUCUGGGCUUGUCAGUCACUGCGUGUAUUUUCAGCUUCCUCACCAUAAAAACUUGUGUGUCGUCGUGGGGUUUUGUUUGGUUUUAGUGCACUCAAGUAGUUACACUGAAGUGCUGCAGAAAGGGACCACGCUGGUAGCCCAGUCAAUGCAAGUGGAUGUCACGUCAUGCUGUUCCUCCUCUGUCGUGAAGAGCCAGUCCGUGGUGUCCCCCGUGGGCACGGGAACACAGCCUGGAAAUCUCGGUUCUGGCGCUGAAAAGGACGGGUACAAGCAGAGAAACGAUGUCAGAGCAGAGCAACCCGAAACGGCAGGAUGCUUUGAAACGCUUUCCAGGUCACUUGGGUAAAAAUCCACUUUUUAAUUGUAAGGUACUUCCACAUACUGCAAGUUUUGCAUUCCACUGCAACGCCGUACUCGUGGCACUGUACAAUAUGGAGGGGAAGGGAACGGCUCAGCCUACUGUUAACCUUCUGGUUACAACACGUUAAGUGGAUCAUUACUGUGUGUGACAAGAUAAUAAACCCUGACAACUUUUAAAUGUUAUU